AUGAAUGGUGCGAGUCAAACGAAAGAACUUGCAUCACGAGAAAUAAAGGUGAUAAAUGAUCUAGUUGAGCAAUGGAUCGACGCUCGCGAAAAGCAAAAUAACUCAAAAUGCAUUGAAAUUAGUGACCAAAUCCAAACUAAGUUUAAACAUAAUAAAGCACUCAUUUCUGUUCUUAGAAACAUUAACGAUGAGCAAUCGAUUAAACUUUUCCAAGUAAUGGAAGCUCAACAGCAGCAUUUUUCCGAUAUGCUUGCGGCUGAUAACCAAUUUAAUCCUAACGAAGCAGAUGACCAACAAAACUUUGAAGAAAAUAUAAGAAUAUUGGAAAAUCUUAAAGAAACAACAAAAGAAAUUGAUAAAACGCUAAAUGAUCAAAUCAAUUCACUCGAAUCAAUAUCAUCUUUAGCAUACGAAAACCACAGAAUCAUGAACCUGUUAGUACCUAAAGUCAGAAAAGCUGAUAAAGACAUCACAGAAUUAUUUCUUCUAUUAUUCAUUGCCGUUUUACUAAUGUUUGUUAUUAUGUAUCUCUAUUCCAAUCAUUAA